AUGGGUUCGCCGAUUUCGGGGUUCGUCGCCCAGGCGUUCCUGCAACGGUUAGAGUCGCUGGUCUUCCAACACCAAAGACCGAAGUUCUGGGCCUGGUGUGUGGACGAUUACUUCGUCGUUAUCGACUGGGAUAAACUGCUGAUACUCAAGGCACAUCCGAAUGCGGUCUUUCUGGGCAUACAAUCGGAAGAGGAGGAGGAGGAGGAGGAGGAGGAGGAGGAGCAGGAGCAGGAGGAAGAGGAGGAGGAAUAG